CAAACCCACUCUCUCAGUCGGCGUCUGGAGCUACCCGCUUUUGCCCUCACCACCCUGCGUGUCCCGGCGUUUUACACCCAAACACAAGAAAGAGGAAGUCUAAACGGCACGCACAUGGGAGAACGCGAGGUUUUUUCCAUUCCCGCACGUCGCACGAUGGCUUAUAUAUGAGGAGGACACUUUGGGAUGUGGACAUAAACAAGCGUCUCCACGGAGAGAAGUGCAUGAGAAAAAACGACGCUGACCGUCGUCUCCGACACCGAGAGAGACUCCUCCCCACCUCGGCCGUGACACCUCCGGUAAAUCGCUGAGAAAGGAUAACAGUGUUUUUUCACGCUGGAGACGAAAAGACCCAGUCACCCACUGCGAUUCAAAUGCCAGUGACUGACAGACUGUAUGGCUUUAAAAAGUUGCCUGGAGAACGGGGACAUCUGACGUGCGCCACACGGCGUCAUUGGACACAUCGAGCCCCCCUCUCUCUCUCUCCCCCUCUCUCUCUCUUCUCCAUCACAUCUCCGACUGACUAAUCCCCUGCGCUUUGGGUUUGGAGUAAGGAGAAGUGUUCUGCAGUUGUCAUUUGCCCUGACACUGGCUACAUCCAGUAGCUCCCUGCAGAAGGGGGACAAUAUCCCAUCGUAGAAGACACUGCCUGUUGUGCUGCGCGUUUGUGUGUGCUGAUCCCACUGUUUGUGCAUUAGAGGGAGAGAGAUUUUGUCAGCCCACCGAGGAUUUGUGGAGCUGACACCCCUGCAUGAAUUUAAGCCCGUGGUUCAUCUGGACCCUCGCCCUGCAUCCGAGAGAAAACGCAGUGACGCGUUGGUUUUGCAACUUUACAUUUCGCUCAGCCCGAACAAGUGUCACCUCAGGUGUCCCCGUGAAUGGUCACAGCUCUGCUAUUUCCUUGGCGUUGUCUGUGCUGUGAGCAUUUGCAUUUGUGUAGCCCUCACAAACUGCGCCAGAAACGCACGGCCACAUGUGAGCGAGACUCGUCACCUGUCCCGGUUGAAGCACUCGCACAACUCGACUGUCUGACCCACACUGAAGAGGAAUACGUGCCGAAGUUUAGCUGUAGUGAUGCUGCAAGUGGAAAUGGUCCUCUUUGUCUGCCUGGUGCUGUUGAUGUGUGUCUUUAGCCAGGAGCCCAGCUCCAAAGUGGUGGCCGACCGCUAUGCCGUCUUCUGGAACCGGACCAACACCAAGUUCCAUCGUGGAGACUACCACAUUGACGUGUGCAUAAAUGACUACCUGGAUGUCUACUGUCCUCACUAUGAAGACACAGUGCCUGAGGAGCGGACAGAGCGCUAUGUCCUCUACAUGGUCAACUACGAUGGCUACAGCACAUGCGACCACACCUCCAAGGGCUUCAAACGCUGGGAGUGCAACAGGCCGCACUCCCCGAAUGGACCGCUCAAGUUUUCAGAGAAGUUCCAGCUCUUCACUCCCUUCUCCUUGGGCUUUGAGUUCAGACCGGGCAGAGAAUACUACUACAUCUCCUCCACCAUCGCUGAGAACGGGAGGAAAACAUGCCUGAAGCUCAAAGUUUUCGUCCGACCAUCAACCAGCUGUGUGAAAACUAUAGGCGUACAUGACCGUGUUUUUGAUGUAAACGACAAAGUAGACAAUACAUUAGAACCGAGAGACGAUACCAGUCAUGAACCAGCUGAGCCCUCCCGAAGUGAAACAAAUGCUGUGCCACAUCUGCAGAAAACAAGUCCACUCCUGGCUUUGUUGCUGGUCUGCCUAGCAGCACUCUUCACUUUAUAGCGCCUCCCUCUGUCCUGGAGGGCAUUUACACCUAGCGUGGCCUGAAUCUGCCCGGGGCUGCAGGGAAGGGGUUUGGGUUGGUGUUUGCUUGAUUGGGCAUCAGAGCAGGCUUCUCAAGGAACCCUCUAUUUUUUUCAGAAAAAUAUUUAAGUGGUCUUUCUCCGUCUGUGGGUGAAAAAAGUUGAUGUUGGAAGGGGGAGAGACAGUCCCCCCUCUUAAAACUUCAACUCAGAUGCCAAAUCUCGUUUUUUGAUGCUUAGUGAUUCUUAUUUUCCCGUGACUUGACAUCCCUUUACAUCAGGUUUAUGUCAUUGCAGCACUGAUGUUUAUCCACACACACACACACACACACACACACACACACACACACACACACACACACACACACACACACACACACACACACACACACACACACACUGCUUAGAGAGUCAAAUACAAAAAUGCCUCUACACUAACUGUCAAUAGCAGUAGGGUUUUUACAAAGUUGUAUACAGUAGCAGCAUUACACAGUAGGAAAGUGAAGAUUCUAGGUCUUAGAAAUGACUGUACAUACACAAAUAGGUAUCCCGAGACCUCUCAAGAAGCCUUUCAGAAAAUGUUUUGAUCAAGCUCUGCUGGGUCAUGAUAAACAGACUUUUUGCACCCCCAUUUCACUAGAACGUGCAGUACAAAGCUGAAAGUUGAAGAUGUAGGACAAAAGAAGAGUAAUGGUUUUAAGCAGAGGUCGGACUGGAAACCACAGCACUGAGAAAUACGUACAUGGCAUGCACCUUAGCCCACUGAUCUUCAGACUGUCCUGGUAUAACGAGAGUGCCCAAUUUUCUCUUGAAUAUAAAGUGUGUAUAGAUGGAUAAGCCACUUAGAGAUUGAGUGAGGUAACAUAAUACCUAGGGAACCAUAGGGCAACUUUUUCUUGUCCUCCUUCAUGAAGAGUGUGAUCGGCAAAACACCUCUCAAAGCAUUUGGUUCAAUCUGACUCACAAAACAUCUAAAUUGAAACUUUCUCACCAGAUACGUUGUGUGGACUGUUAUUUAGAUCAAGGAUCAAUAUCUUUUGAAAGCUGAUCACACAAUUUCACGGCAAUGGUCACAGUCAUUUUAUGCUAUGUUUACUAAGCUGUGCAGCAAUUCUUGUCUGUUCCAUUUGAGUAUUAGUCAAUAUUAACACUCCCAUAAACAUUUGCAUCUACAGCUUUUUUCCUUAACUAUUGAUUGUUAAAGUGAUUUGUUUUAAAAAUGAUUCACAUCUAAAUUGGACACUUUAUUUUUUUCUAAACCAUUAAGUUAUUUUACUUUGCCAGUGGUGUCUCCAAACAUUGUCUUUCACAUUGCAGACACUGUAAACUUUGUAUUUUUGUACUGUCUGAAGUCCACUUAAAUAAGAACAAUAACAGGGGUCAUGGGAAGCCAUUUGAAAAAAAAAAACCUCACUUCACAGUGCCAUACUUUUUCCUCGCCUCUUUGUCCUAUAGGGAUUACUACAGCUUUGAAUCAUGCUUGUCAAACAAUAGUUAGCUGGUUUUCACAUUCAGUUUAUUAGAGCAGUUAGUGCAGCAUUUAAAGGACUGAUGCAUAGCUCCAAUUAGUUGAAAACACACUGCGUGAAGAGAGAAACUAUCCAUUUAAUUCAAGGCAAUGCACAGCUCUGUUUAGUCUAGCCAGGUUUAUGUUAGCACUUAAAUUCAAAGGAAUUCACUGUGUUAUAAUGAUAUUUAGCUAGCUUCCUUCAGCUCCCACAGAUGCACAUGGUGAGUUAGCAUAAUGAAAGCUAUUAGGUCUUUUUCAAACUGGGGGGGCUUGUGUCUUUGCUUUCAAAGAAGUACAGACAGAUAGAGGAAUUAACUAUGCUGAAACUGACUUCCUUUCAGAGCUUGGUUUUGUAUGAGACAUAGGGCCCUGAUUGGUUUGGAAAGACACACAGAGAGAAAUAGAGCAACAAAAGGAGCGCAGGCGCAAUUGCAUGUCCACCCUUAGCUCCUAGUUGUACUGGUUUAAGUGACUCUUUAAUGAGGUUCAAAAUGACAGGCAUGCGGACCCCAUGUUAUGGCAAGGGGAGUUAUUUCUGGUAUUAAAAAUAGAUGGU